CAGGAGGUUCUAGAAACUAGGGUCUGCGAGUCGAUAGUGGUUCGGUUCUUUCUCAGGUUAAAUUUAUUGCAAUUUUCGUCUAAUGUUUUUUAGGUCUCCUUAUUAAUCUUCUAUCAAAGCUAAUAAAAGCGUACGAGCAUUGAUACGGCAAUGGCGGGUGGAAAUUUUAUGCACCGAGUGAUGUCUUACCUUGUUAACGAGAUUGUCGUUAAUGGUCUUGCCAACAGUCCUGCAUUCCAACGGUUUGCUGUGAGGACAUCAAAGAGGAUUGAAGAUAUUUCUAAUAAGGCUGUCCAGAAGAGGCAAGAGCUCACUGAGCAGAUGAAAGAUUUCUCAAAAAAUUUUGAGUCUAAGAACUAGCGAUUCAUGCGAUACAAUGUUGGAUUUGGUGCUGCUUCCUAAGUAAUAAUCCCUAUUCCUAUCAACCAUAAAGAUUGGCAGAGUCGAGGUUUGCAAUAUUGGGUUUAGUGUUGCAGCAUGUGGUUUGUCUGCUAUAUUAUGUACUCUAAACAAAUAUAGGUUUUAGCUAUCUGGUUGUAUUGAAAUUUUUAAUAGUUUUAGUAGUAAAAAUAUCUGGAUUUGUGGAGGUCA